GUGAAUAAACGACACGUACUAUCACAACAAUAAUAACCAAAAUAGUCAAAAACGCGGCACUCAACGGAAUAGUAAAUAAUUAUUGUGUAACUGGUGAACUUUAAAUAAUAGAUGUCUUAUUUAGUCGUUUAGUUUUGCGUUUUACCACGGAUCAGAUURGYAUUUUACCUACGGACUAUCAGCAACUGGAAAAAAUCAGAGUGCGAUCACGUAAUACAGGUGAAAACAUUAUUAUACCCGUCGGUCAGUUAAAAACUUUCAACACAAAGUACGUCCCGCCACGUAACCGGCAGCGCCACCUCACGGACAACACCGUCGACCAACGGACAAUCGCAACAUAGAUAGCGAAACACUCCGAAAUCCGCCCGACGCGCAACGGUCGGAGAUUGCCGACGCGUCUAAUACCAAGACGAUUGACGUUAUCGCCUAUCGGCUAUCAUGAGCCUGUUGUUCCGCCGAUUGUUGCCGUCGUCCGUCGUCGUAUCCUCGUCGUUGAUCUUUCAGAGCAAAAGUCUUAGUAGCAUAACAAACAAAAUGGCUGAAGAUUGGAAGAAUGCCAAAUCUGUGUAUGAUUUCACAGUAAAAGACAUCAAGGGAGAAGAUGUAUCGCUGGAAAAAUACAAAGGUUCUGUGUUGAUCAUUGUUAACGUAGCAUCUAAAUGUGGUUAUACAUCUAAGCAUUACAAAGAGUUAGUUGAGCUAGAUGAGAAGUAUCGUGACAAAGGUUUAAAAAUUCUUGCGUUUCCAUGUAAUCAAUUUGGUGGCCAGGAACCUGGUGAUUCUGAUAGUAUUUGUAGCUUUACUGCAAAAAAAAAUGUUAAAUUUGACAUAUUUGAAAAAGUCGAUGUCAAUGGCAAUGAUGCACAUCCAUUGUGGAAAUAUUUGAAAUCAAAACAGGGCGGUUUAUUGAUUGACUCUAUUAAAUGGAAUUUCACCAAAUUCAUUGUUGACAAAAACGGACAACCUGUUGAAAGACAUGCUGCUAAUGUUAGCCCUUUGGUAAUAUAGUUUGUUUAUUUCAUUUGUUUAG